GGCGCACAGAGCGAAGUGAACACACUGAGAGUAAGUGUUGGAUGCUGAAAGGUAGCUGUGCAUAAGGUAUUCCCGAAUCUGUUGGAGAAUUGAGCUGGAGACAUGCUUGCCUCCUGGCACCUCAGAAAUCGUGCUUCACGUACCGCAACAGUGCUGCUCAUAUUGAGGGCAAGACGCAGGCAGAGGGACCACCAGAGAAGGGUCAGGCAACAUGUCCGCUUGCUGACCAAGAAGAUUAACUACCCACCUCAGAGAGUAUACAGGCAGAGGAUGUCCUAUGAGAUGAUGUCGGAGGAGUUGUGUGUCAGGAGACUAGGUUUCAGCAAGGAAGCGAUCGGGCGCCUCUGUGAAAUCUUGAAGGAUGACCUGAAGCCAAGCUCCAAAUGUCUUACGGCCCUAACAGUGCCAAUGAAAGUCACCAUAGCACUGAAUUUCUUUGCCUGCGGGUCACUCCAAUCUGACACUGGUGACAUGUGCAACAUUUCCCAGAGUGCUGCAAGGACCUGCAUUCACCAGGUGACAGAGGCAAUUUUCCGUAGGGCUUCAGACUUUAUUCAUUUUGAUAUGUCCCCUGUGAGGAUGAAGGAGAGGUCCCUUGCAUUCUACGAGAUUGCUGGUUUCCCAGAAGUGAUUGGGGCUAUCGAUGGAACGCAUGUCCCGCUGAAGCCACCAAAAGACCAGCCCGUUUCCUUCGUCAACAGGAAGGGCUUCCAUUCCUUGAAUGUGAUGAUUGUAUGUGACGCCCAAAUGAAGAUCCUGACUGUGAACGCAGAUAACCGGGGAAGUGCACACGACUCAUUUGUCCUGGCGAACUCAAGGUUGCAUCGGGCCAUGAGUGCUUCACCAGGACUUACAGGAUGGCUACUGGGUGAUGAGGACUACCCGUUGAGAACGUGGCUGAUGACACCGUAUCGGGGGACCAGGAGCAAAGCGCAGGAACGAUACAACCGGGCACAUGUAACAACGCGUAAGGUGGUGGAGAAGGCGGUAGGGGCACUGAAGUCGCGUUUCCGUUGUCUGCGGUCGGGGGGCACUUUACAGUACUCGCCUGUGAAAGUCUCCAAGAUUGUAGUCGUGUGUUGCGCAUUGCACAACUUUGCCCUCCAGGAAGGACUGACCCUUCACCUUGAGGAUGACUUAGCGCCAGAAGUGGAAGAGCUGGAGGAAUGCAACGUGGAUCCAGAUUCAGACGUACCUCCUGGAGUAUGGGAGGAGGCCAGGACUGCUAGAGAUCACCUGGUCGCUACCGCUUUUGAACACUGAGGUUUGCAAACUCCCUGUCGCUUCCUUGUCCCCUCCUUCCCUUCUGAAAUAAGACAAGAGAACUGGUGUUUUAACAGUAAACAAAUUAUUUUAUUUUUGUACCAAAUUUUGAGGUUUACAGAUGAAGAAGGUAAAGUUCAGCUGUUUAAGUAAAAGGUUAUUGUGUUCUCAAAUAUUUAAGAUUUUGUGUCUCUUCCGUUACUUUUAUGUGAAUAAAAUUUUUCAGAAAACUUUA